GUAUAAAGGAAAAUGGCGGUGUCCUUGUUACAAUGGGGGCUGUUGGUACUCACUCGUUAGCCAAUGUAGUGUGAAGAACUGCGAUUUAUUCUAACAUUUGUCUCCUCUAUGGGAUUUAUCCAAACGCAUACAUGAUAAAGUCCAGCUCAGCAGGUCCAUCCACUUCUUCCCCACAAACGAUGAAGGAACCCAAGGAGAACAUGAGUGGCCAAGCAACUCUGGACCACAUCAAGCCCUGCUGGUACUGGGACAAGAAGGACUUGGCACACACCCCCUCUCAGUCAGAGGGGCUUGACCCUGGCACAGAGGCUCGUUAUAGGAGGGAGGGAGCCCGCUUCAUAUUCGACGUUGGAACCCGCCUUGGCCUGCACUAUGACACACUUGCCACGGGCAUCAUAUAUUUCCAUCGUUUCUACAUGUUUCACUCCUUCAAGCAGUUUCCCAGAUAUGUAACUGGAGCUUGUUGCCUUUUCCUGGCUGGAAAAGUGGAGGAGACCCCGAAGAAAUGUAAAGAUAUCAUUAAGACAGCCCGGAGCUUGUUGAAUGAUGUACAGUUUGCCCAGUUCGGAGAUGAUCCAAAGGAAGAGGUAAUGGUUUUGGAGAGGAUCUUGCUCCAGACUAUCAAGUUUGACCUGCAGGUGGAGCACCCCUACAUGUUCCUGCUGCGCUACGUCAAGCAGCUCAAAGGAGAGAAGAAUAAAGUCUGCAAGGUGCUUCAAAUGGCCUGGACCUUUGUCAAUGACAGCCUCUGCACUAUGCUUUCCCUUCAAUGGGAGCCAGAAAUCAUCGCAGUGGCUGUGAUGUACCUGGCAGGCCGCCUGUGUAAAUUUGACAUCCAGGAGUGGACGGCUAAGCAGUCAUCCCGCCGCUGGUGGGAGCAGUUCGUCCAGGAUGUCCCUGUUGAGCUUCUGGAAGACAUCUGCCACCAGAUCCUGGAUCUGUACUCCCAGGGAAACAAGCCCAUCCCGCAGCAGAUCCAGGAGAAGGAGCGCGCCUCCGCUACUCCGACAUCUAUUCCUCCGGUACCACAGGGUCAGCCCCCAGCGGCAAACCCUCCUCCCCCUCCUCCUCCUAAGAAGACCUCCCCUCAGGUUGGCAGCCCUGCACGCCAACUCAAACGAUCACAUACAUCUCCGAAAGAUGAACCCAAACCUCCAGAACAAGCUGGGUCAAAGAUCCCCAGACUGGAGAGCCCUAUGCCCCCCCUGCCUGCAUCCCAGCCUCCCCCAGCUCCUCCUGCAGAGGCUGAACCAGGAAGUGAAGCUGCUCCUCCACUUCCACAUGCCCCACCCCCACACCAGCCUCCUCCCUUACCCCACCGCCCUCCACCACCGCCACCCUCCAACUACCUUAUGUCCACCACCAGCUCCUACAUGUCAGGAGAGGGCUACCAAAGCCUGCAGUCCAUGAUGAAGACUGAGGGUCCCCCCUACACCCCCAUGCCCCCCAGCUACCCACCUCCAAUCCCACCGUAUCAUCCGCAUGUCUAUCAAACAGCUGCAGCACCACCUCCAGGUCCGCCGCCUCCUCCAUCCACCUACCCUCCACCCAGCCUGGCCCCUACUUACCCUCCACCAGGCUACAACAGCUACCCUCCACCACCGCCUCCUCGUAUGCCCCCAGGCCACGUUCCACCUCCAGGGAUCACGCUCCCUCCUGCUGGGUACCCUCCUCCACCCCCCGUGCCUCCAGGACAGUCCCAAGUGCCCCUGCCCCCUCCACCAGGAAUGCCCCUCAACCGCGGUGGCUGGAUGAGAUGAUCUCCAAACAGUUGAUUUGAGACUGCUCCAACCAGAAUGUCAGGUUUUCCUGUCACAAACUAAGAGAAAUUCAACUGAUUUCUCUUUGGUAAAGCUGAGAAUAAACAGCUGAGUUGGAAAUAAACUUGAAAUGACAAGUCGGGUCUGGGAAGUAUUUUUAGGAAAUAUAUUCCAGCUGAUCACGUUCAAAGGUUUUGAUUCCUACACAAAGCUACUGACUAACCAUUAGAAUCCAUUCACUGAGAAUGUACUGAGAAACAGCAGCCCCCUGUUUCUCUCUGUAUCACACGUACAUCUUCUAUGGUCUUCUAUGGCAUCGCAAAGAGAGGUUCCAGUUGAUUUUCUUUUUUUUCUUUCAUUUAAAUCAUGUCCUUUGCAUCUUCUAUAGUUCUGUUGCUUUUUUUUUAUGUUGCCUUCUGUUGCUCACCUUCUUUCGCAUUGUCUCCAGUUUUUUGGAAAAACAAAAUAUGAAAUUGUCG